CAAAACACCUCUCUUGAAGCUGUUUUACUUGAAGAUUUUACAAAGAAGCCAAAGAUGUUGUUUUCAAAAGUUUUAAUCUCUCUAUCCUCGUUGUUAUUCUGUGUUGUUGCUGAGGGGCAAUUGAGAAUCGGUAUCACCCAUAAAAUUGCUGAGGAAAAAUGUACUGAGAAAUCAAAGCCUGGCGAUGUUAUUCAAGUUCAUUAUAUUGGAACAUUAAGUGCCGGAGGCGACCCAUUUGAUAGUUCAUAUUCCAGGGGUACUCCAAUUGAAUUCACAUUAGGCGCUGGAAAUGUCAUUAAAGGAUGGGAUCAAGGUCUUAUUGGAAUGUGUGUUGGCGAAAAGAGAAAAUUAACUAUUCCUUCGCAUCUUGCUUAUGGUGAGCGUGGUGCUGGAAAUGUUAUUCCACCAAAUGCAACUUUGGUAUUCAAGACUGAAUUGGUUAAAAUAGUUAAAUCGCAAAAUAGAGAAGAAUUAUAAGAAUGAUAUGAUGUAUUGAAGGAAUUUUUUUAUAAAAGAAAAAGAAAAUGCUAGAUAAAAUAGUCUAAAAUUAAGUGAAAUAAAAUUGUUUUUAACUAAAUAACAUUAUAAGAAGUAAAAAAAACAAAAAACGAACUGAAAGUGAAAAUGUAUGAUAAAAUGCAAACAGUC